AUGACGGAGGCCGAUCUUCAGAGGCUCCGUGAUCAGGGGGCGAUUUGUGGUGGCGGUGAUGCGGAGCGGCAGUACGAGCUUGCCCUCCCGGAUGCCGAUGAGCGUGUUGGCUAUCUGAAUCUUGAUUCACCCACUGUGCCGGAUUGGAAGUGGGUUUAUGAGUCGAUGUUUACUCGGCUCAGCGUGCGACUUCCUUUUUCGCCGUUUGUUCAGGAUUUGCUGAGUCGGUGUUAUGUGGCGCCGUCUCAGCUUCAUCCGAAUAGCUGGGCCGCCGUCUGGUCUUUUGAGCUGAGAGAGUAUUUUAAAGUGCGCCCUGUCCAGGGGCAUCAUCCAUUUUGGCUGACGUUAGAGGGUGAGCACCGGUUUCCGACCUAUUGGAACUUCGGUGCCGGUCCGUCGGUUUUGACUAAGGUCACCUAUGAUGUCUUGUCUCCUGAGGAUAAGGAUAUUGCUAGUGUCUUGUGGCAUUUGUUCGGGGAGCGCCCGUUAAAUCCUCGGGAUGUCAUGGGGGAUCUUGAGGCCUGUCGGACGUAUAUUGUUGAAAUGGCUGGUGGUUUGACUUCCUUGUCGCGUUUGAAGGCAGCGAUGGAUCAGGAGGAGGGGUCGUCGGCAUCUCCUGCUAACCCUGCCUCCAACCCCGCUGUGGAUUCCCGAGCUGUUUCUCAGGAGGUGGUUUCGUCGGGAGUGAGGGUUGGUGCUCGGGCUUCACCUGGUCCUGUGAGCUCGCCUGAAGUUGUUGUGGUGACGGCUGUCGAGGCUUCUUGGAAAAGAAAGAGGCCUGAGGAGCCUAGUAGUGAGACCUUUAGGGAGGAGGGUGUUGUGCCUACUGUGAUGGACCGCCGUUUUGAUGCUUCGGGGUUCAUAGAUCAGCACUUGAUGCCUGGAACAGAGCCAUUUUUUUAUGAUUGUGAUGUUUCGUUCCAAGCUAAGUCGGUGUAUCAUGCCCUCCUUCGGUCUGCUGUUAUCGUUCGGAAGGCUGAGCCCGUGAUGGCUCAGGUCGAUCUGUUGGACAAGAAGCUCCGUCAUUCUCAAGCUGAGGUGGCUAAGUUGAAAGAGCUGUUUGAAGCUGCCGAGGUGGCGAGGGAGAAGGCAGUGAAGUCUUCCGAGGAAGCUGGGGCGGAAAUUCUACGCCUUUCCGAGGUCGAGACUUCGCUUCUUUCUCAGCUGAGUGCGGAGCGGCAACGGGCUUCCGAUGCGGGUUCUCAGGCUGCCGUGAUUCUUGGCGAGCUGGAGGUUUUGAAGGCCAAAGUUGCUGCUCUAAAGAAGGAGAAGGCGGAGUUGUUGGUCGACGCGAAGGGAGCUAUCGUGGCCACCGAGAAAACAAUGAGGGCUCAAGCUUCGGUGCUGGCCCCGGGUGCGGAUGUGUCGGUAAUGGGGGCUUUCAAGACUGUCCGUGAUGGCCAGAUUGUUGACCUUGCAUAG